CAAAGGGAAGCCCGCUCCGCUACCAAGGAACGUUCGUUUCGUGGUUGGCACGUUCGCGCCCACCGUGGGGCAGGCAAGUACGUAAGUGCUGCUCAUUUGUCGGCAGCACCAGAGACAAUAAUGUAUAGUGUAGAGGCAGACGAGGAGGAGGAGGUGGAAGGUGGGAAGGAUCCCGUUCAUCAUUGCUGCUGCCCGCGCAACCACCAGGGCUGGCUCGGCCACUCCUUCCGCUGAUCAAGGGAAGCGAGGACGACGUUUUCAUUAUUCUUCUCUGUGACGAAGACGACGACGAGCGAGGACGAUGGCUUCGGCAGCUUCGUCCCGGGCCUCGUCCCGCUCCUCGUCGCCGCCCGCCAUGAUCGCGUCUCUGCCGGAGCUUCGUCCGCAAGCGUCGCGCCGCGGCUCGGGCUCGAGCAUCAAGCUGCUGACGCUGCAGACGCGCGGCAACCCGACGCUGACGCUCAGCCUGGGUCAGCCGCACCUGAGCGUGACGCUGACCUAUGCGGCCCUGCUGCAGUACCUCGCCAUCGGCCUCUGCCUCCGCACCAUCCUCCACGCGGGCCUCUCGGCGCUGUGGGAGCACCCCGUCACGCUCCUCGUCCUCGUCGCCAGCGGCGCCACCGUCGAGGCGCGCGCCAAGGCGGAGCAUCUCGGGCUGCGAAAGACGAGCCUCGGCGGCUGUGUCCUCCUCGUGAUCCUCGCCGCCUGGGCCUGGUGGAUGGUCGUGACGGGGAAAAGUGACGCGGCGGGGGGAGCGUCCACGGUGGAUACAGGAAGCAGCAGCAGCUGGCGGUGGCAUUCACCAGGAGCAACGCUGGCUCCUGCAGUCUCAGACGGUAGCAGCUUGCAUGCGCAUACAGGCGCCCGGCCCUCUGAUAAACUGAAUCACGACGCCGAGGCGUCCUCUGUUGGUCGGCUCAUCGAUGAUGCCUUUGAAAGGCACUGCCGGCCAAGGAGGAGUAGCGAGCACCCUGGGAGUGGGGAAACGGAAGCGCAGGGCGCAUGGAUCAGCAUCCUCGAGGCGGACGGCUCCUGCUGGAGCGAGAUGCUAGUCCAUGCAUCUGCACAAGGCACAGGCACAGGCACAGGAGCAAGAGCAGUUGGGAAAGCGGGUGAGCAGGAGGAGGAAGAGAAGAGGAUGAGGAGAAGAAAAGUGGCCGCGACGGCGGCAUCGGCCUUGCUGGGCGAGGUUGGGGAAGAGGGCGAGGGCGAGACGACGCCCACCUCGCUAAGGCAUCUGUGCGACGAAGCCGCUAGGGUCUCCAGCAUCCGCAUCUCAUUUCCAAGAGACAUCGAGGAGCAAGACGAAUCAUCGCUGAGACGGCCUUCGAGCCUCGUUGUCGUCUGCUAGGAACGGCUUCAUGUUCAUCAUCGCUUCCUCUAUUCCGCCUCCUGUAGUUCCAAAACCACCCUGUACGAUUAUGCUCCGGCAAACAAGACGCUUGAAUUAGAUAGAAGGAGGAGGACUCCGAUACAACUGGAAUAGAGGGGUUUCCAUCGACU